UGUCGGCAGUGACGGAAUCGUAGAAAAACGCGACUUCUUCCAUCAGCGGAUGGCAUGUAUUUCAGUGAGCAAAAGUACCUAAAACGAAAAAUUCGAUUGCCGCUGCAUUGUGCAAAGUGAUUUUCGCGAUUCAGGGCGAGGUUUUCGCGUUAAUGAAUCAAUUUGAUGUGAUUUUUCUCGUACACAGUGGAUGGAGUUUUGUGGAAAACUGGGCUGCAUUCGUGCGGAAGCCAAGUGAAAAUGGUGCUCUCUUUAUUGUUGGGUUCAGUUUCCCCGUAACCUGUUCAAGUGGGCUGAACUGACGCCGACGAGCUGCCGAAUAAGGUCAAAACAAGAAAUAUAUUUUCACUGUUGCUACUGUUACUGCAUUAUCGGGUGGGCGAAGCGAAAAAAACUGAAUACUUAUCGACUACCUAGUUGCAAUCGAUUGUGUUUGUGCAAAAGAUUAAGCAUGAAAAAAAAAUCAGUUCUAAUCAGCUUUCGGUCCAAGUCAAUAAUCGAAAAAAUGAAAACCUAACUGUUUAGGUCUUCUAGAAAGCUCGCAAAUUGUUAAAGGUGAAAAAGUCUGAAAAGUGAAGCUGAUUGGCGUGGAAGUUGUUGACAAAUGUGUAAUACAGCGAAGACCUGUGUAUCGUCUGUGUUCGUUAGUGAGUGUGCAUUCUAGUGAGAAUUGUGCCAGCUGGAAUCGUCCCGAGGGCACAUUCACUCUAGUUUAUUUUUUUUUUCGUUGAGGCCGACUAACGGUAGCUGCUCUAGAAGGAUAUCCACUGACCGAUGAAUGUUUCUACUACUCCAAAAUUGUGUCCCUUCGUGCGCCUGUGACUGAGGUCAGCCCGUAUCCUGCGGUAGAAAGCGAAUAAUCAACGCCGAUUGCAUUCCCAUCCCACCACACGAAACACACCGUAGCAGGAUGCAACGUGCGUUUGCCUUAUCAGCCGCAAGCAGAGCCGGUGUUUAUGACGGGAAGAUAGCUGGCCUAUACGACCUGGAGGAAACGCUCGGCUCAGGACAUUUUGCCGUGGUGAAGCUUGCCCGUCACGUUUUUACCGGCGAAAAAGUAGCCGUAAAGGUGAUUGAGAAAACCAAGCUUGAUGACAUCUCGCGGGCACAUCUGUUCCAGGAAGUACGUUGCAUGAAAUUGGUACAGCAUCCCAACGUGGUGCGAUUGUACGAAGUCAUUGACACGCAGACCAAACUGUAUCUUAUUCUUGAGCUCGGGGAUGGCGGCGAUCUGUACGACUACAUUAUGCGCCACGAUAAGGGCCUGUCGGAAAACGUGGCCAGAGAGUACUUUCGACAGAUUGUGCGCGCCAUCUCUUACUGCCACCAGCUGCAUGUGGUGCAUAGGGACCUAAAGCCUGAAAAUGUAGUAUUUUUCGAAAAGCUAGGAGUGGUGAAAUUGACUGAUUUUGGAUUUAGUAAUAAGUUCUGCCCAGGUCAAAAACUGGAGACUUCCUGUGGAAGUCUGGCGUAUUCGGCACCGGAGAUCUUACUUGGGGAUUCCUACGAUGCACCCGCAGUUGAUGUCUGGUCGUUGGGAGUUAUUCUGUUUAUGCUGGUGUGCGGUCAUCCACCCUUCCAGGAAGCAAACGACUCCGAAACGCUUACUAUGAUAAUGGACUGCAAAUACACAAUGCCGGAUCACGUGUCCGGAGGCUGCCGCAGGCUUAUCGGUACUAUGCUCGUGCGCGAGCCAGAAAAACGUGCCACUUUGCAAAAAAUUGCACAGGAUACCUGGCUGAUGGAGGGUAGCACGGAGGAAACGCCCGAGUACCUGCCUCUGGUUAGCCGGGAACAAGUCAGCGAAGAGGAUCACUCGUUGAUUAUCCAGAAAAUGAUCAACGGCAAAAUCGCAACCAAAGAGGAAAUUUUAGAGGCUUUAGAUCGUAAUGAAUAUAAUCAUAUAACGGCGACCUAUUUUCUGCUGGCAGAGCGAAAAUUGCGCGCACACCGGCAGGAAGAAGCGCAAAAACGGAAACCGGAGCUCACAUUGCCGGUGUCUAAUUCAACAAGACUGCAAGCUUUCAAGAAGGAUUCGGAGGAAAACUCGAAAGAGGACAAUUUUCUGCCAUCGAAACUUGGGACGCACCUCAGCGUGCCUCGGACACCGUGCACCGAAACGGGACAGGUCGGUCGCAACCGGAAAUGCAGCAUUGUACAGGAGGAGGAAGACGACGAGGAUGAUGUUACUGGUGCUGGUCACGAGGAGCUAUCCGCGCCACUGAACCGCCGGGGAUCGCGAUCCGAGGGUCGCAUCAACAUUACCGUUCAGGAUCGUAUUGCCGAAUCGGAACGGUUGAAGUUGGAGGCUAAAAAGCAAACCGAGGCCAUAGAAAAAUACGAACACCAGCAGCAUCAGCACCAGCAGCAGCAGCUGCAGCACUUGGAGACGAAGGAAAAUUCCGCCGCUCUACUGGGAGGAAUCGUAGGCAUCGGUAAUGUAACGUUGAUAACUAGUGAAAACAGUAGUACCAAAGAUAGGCUAGGAAUUGCUGGUGGUGGACUACAGCGGAAGGUACCACCGGAAAUCAAGCGUACCGGCGUGAAUUACUCCAAAAAGACUUCCAUUCUCAAACCAAAUUUAGCUAAAAUAGGUGAUGGAAAUUUUAGAGCUAGUUCGUUCGACAAGUGUGUUGCCAGCAUAAAAGACGUUGAGCUGGUGAAUACGAAAAUCCUUACGGAUAGCUCGACAAUAACUAUUCCAAUUCCAAGUUUGAACAUUGUUACCGCUUCUAAUAUACCUAAGUAUAAGACGAUGCCCUCGCCGACUAGAGCAAACACUAUUCUUAGUAACACGACAAAUUGUUUAAAUGAAAUUUUCGAAGAGGGUACCGAUGUUGGCAGUUCCGAUAGUACAACAACCACUCCGCGUCCGGUAGUUCGAAAUCAGUUCAAUGUUCGAACUCAAAACCAAGGCAGUGGUAACGGUAACAAUGCACAUCGGCGGACCAAAUUCAACAAAUCUCGAACUGCGUCGUGCAGUAGUUCGGAUGCGUCGGACGAUGAUUCGGAGAAUAGAAAAAAGCGAGCUCAUAAGAUUGUCGAUACUACGGUGAAGCCCCUAACGCAACGAAGAGACUCUCACGACGAUUCCAGCGAUUCACAAGAUCCAGGUAACUCGGCAGCCCCUUCCGGUGCGGCGACGGGUGCUUGUGUUCGAGUUAUUAUGAGCACUGCAAACACCGAUGGCAGUACAACCACCAGUAACGGAAACAGCAAUCAACCACCGUCGGAAAAACGAACCAAUGGUGGAAACAGACAGAAGUCGUCUCAACAGGUGGACUUCAGACGACAUCGAGGGCGAAGGAGACCCGUGGAGACACGUCUUCGCGAAAGUCAGUCAUUAAAUCGAAUUACCGAAGUUCAGGAGUCAGAAACUUCACAUUCGGCUGCUGCACAGGCUGCUGCGGCAGCCAUAGGUGCCAUAUCAACCCUGCCAAGCGACUCCGGUGAAAAUCACAGUCGAACUGCAGAUAGUCGUAACACGGCUGAAGUCUCGGUUGAUCAAAUUUGUAGCAAUAACCUUCCGUUGGAUGUGAACAGCAUCGAUUGUUUGAACAGUCCUAGCAACAAUAGCAAUACAACAACAACCAGUAGCACCCCCACCACCACCGGAUGUACCGGCAAUACUAGCGGUAAUACAAAUCCAACGAAGCCGAGAGGUUUCAGUGCCCGAAUUUUCCACACAUUCAAAAAGCAACAACAACAACAGCAGCAACCUUCGUCGAACAGUUCGACGCCGAGCGUCGAUGCUCCGUCGCUGGACUCGAAAAAUGGAAUGACGGCUGCUGCAGCCGCCGGAGACGACAUUGAAAUCGUGGUCGAACUGGCGAAGGCACUGAAUGGAACCGAAAGUAAUACCAAGAAUACGAAGAAAAUAAAGAUUCUUGGGAGGUACUUUCAGGUUCACAAAAAAAUCUACGUUCCCCUGUCUGGGCUGUUCCAGCGCGGUCGGCUCUAUAAGGCACAGUCAUGCGGCUCGAUUGUGCGCGAUAAGGUAAAUGUAAACCCAAACGGUUCCGGUGGCGGUCGUGGUUCGGCCAACACAAACGCUCGUCAUUCGACUAUUUUCAAUGAGAAAAAUCGUUUCAUCAAAAACUGUCUGACCGGCUCGCGGCUGCUCGGUAGCGACGGAGAUAUCAAUCACAACGGCAACAGUUUUAUCGCGAUGCCGUCGUCGGGUGGUGGUGCUAUGACCAACGGCACCGUAUCACCGGCAGAGCUGAUGAUGGCCGGCGCUACUGCUGGUCCCAACAGUCCCUGCGGGCUAGCGGCAGCGUCCACCGGAACACCUCCAUCAGUGCCAAUCAAGACCGCGUAGUGGUAGUCUUCGGAGCGUGAAGACUAACGAGAUUACACGAAAUCGGCCGUUGAGUAGCGAAUAUGUAGUAUCAUAUGUUAAUUUGGAGCAAUUUACUGUUCAGGUUAUCGCAUCCUGAUUUUGGUACUAGUUUAGAUCUGAACUGAAUGUUCCUUAUGUGUGUAGUUCACAACUGUCAUUCAAAUCAUCCGCUGUCGAGGCGGAAGCCAUUAUUUAGGACUUAAAUAUUUCCCUCCAUGUGAAGUAAGAUUUUCUUAUUAUGGCCGAUGUGAUCCCGGAUACAGCUAAAGUGCACCAAAGAGAUCUCGAAUAUGUAGGUAUCAAGUACUAGAUGGGACGGCCCGUGCCGUCUGAAAUCAAAUCAUAACAUCACCUCUUUAGCUUCACUCCAAAUUCGCACCGAUAGACACCGAUGUAGAGCACACCUUGUUCUAAUGUACGGAGUGAAAUAUAGCAAAUGAAAUGGAAUUGAACACGUGCAACGUGUUGGUGGAUUGAGAAUUUUCGUGCAAUAAUUAUAUGAGCUUAUAGGUUUCUUGUGUACAUUUAAAGAGAGCAAAUCUUAUAAUCGUGACAAUUUUUACUACUUUUUGUGUUAAUAGUGUGCAUGCAAGUAUAGGUUAAUAACUUUAUAUUUCAUUCGAAUAGCAAAUCUGUCCGGUAAUGAUUGUUAAACAACAAUUUUUUAGGUAAUCGAACUGUUGAGGGCACUAUUUAGUGAUGUUUUGAAUAUCGAAAAAGUCUCAGACUCUACCUACUUUGUAUGUGCUGUGCACAGGUCUCUGAACAAGCGAUUGCUGAAAAACCAAACAAUGCAGUAUGAAGUAAAACGCGAUUGGGAAAUCUCUUCGAUUCGGUGUCCGAUUUGCUUUUCUUCUUGCAGUAGAUCUUAGUUAGAUAUUACUUAAAUAAAUACAAAGGAAAAUGUUGCCAAUAUUCCUUACCGCCCCGAUUUCCCCCCUCUUAUUUGUAUGUAGACUCAUGUAUUUAAAAAAAAGCAAAAUAAAUACCUUAAACUGGUGUAAACGUUUUUAGGACAAACUUAUAAUAGGGCACAACAGAUGAAAAUACAAGUUACUACGACUGGGUGCAGAAAAUGUACUAUUUUAAGCACAUAUAGGAUACUAUCACUGCUGGCAAGCAAACACACGCAUCUUCUUCAACGUAAUUUCUCAUACAGGAAUCAUCUUUCGCUAGGAAACAGAAAGUAAAUCUUGGUUCCCGAUUGAUAUAUGUAGCGACAUGUAGCUAAUUAAUUUCAGAAUGCAUAAAUAACCAUUGAUUAAUUCCUUAUAAAUGCAGUAUAAACUUUGUUAUUAUAAACAUUGCAUGAUAAAGUUAACAUAAACUUCUAAAUUUUUUCUAGCUGAAAGGUAUUUGUUCUGUCAAUAUUUUAUCGAAUAACAUACGAUUAAUACGUGCUGAAAUUUUAGCAUAUCCAUCCUGCCUGAUAAAUUGUGAUCCUCUUAGCACUGAAUAUUUGAUUCCACUUCACGAAAUUUAAGUCCAAUUCGUGUCUCGUUAACAGUUGAAGUUUCCUGGCGGUAGACUUCCUCCACAAAUAUGCACUCAUACGACCACAGGCACCUGAACAUUGCAGCUUUUAAUUAAUGCAAAAGAGAACAAAAGAAAAAAACAACCGAUAAACAUUAGCGAAGCACUCGAAUUAAUCUGUGUGUUUGUACUAGGGGUGGUAACUAUAUAUAGAUUAGUAAAUCAUAAGAUAUUGAUAAACUGACAGUAAUUGGAAAUAUGUAAUUAACAAUACAAAGUAACAAGGGAAGAACUACCAAAAACAAGCUGGACUUGUCGAGAAGUUAUAUAUUUAAAUGGAAAAGCAGAAAAAAUCAUUUGUUCAAUAUUUAACUUUAUAUUUCGCGCAUUUUACUUUUUAAGAUGAAUUUACACAUUGAUAUGAAUUUGCAGUGUAAGAAAAAUAGAUACAAACAAAAAACAUGCUAGUGAAAUUGUUCAUGUAUUUCUUGACCAUCAUCAUGCAAAAGGGGUCAACACAAACAUCCUACAUACAACGCAAUCCUACUUAUACGACAAAACCGGAUGGAACGUUCAUGUAUAAAUUCUUCUCUAAACCUACUUUAGGAGAGUAAGUCACAAGUCCUAACAAGUGUUCCUUUCAUUCAAACUAUCGUCUAAUCAUUAAAUCUAAAACAAACAGCUCCAUGAAACCGUAUAUUAAAAACCCAAAUCUGGCGAGAAAACAACAAAAUCUAUCUAGUACUACUCUGUCCUCUAUCCGUAAUGAACUUUUUUCUUCGUACUACCGUUAAAAAUCUAAUCAUUCUAUAAACACCUACACCACACCACUAAAACAUGCAAAGUCUAUUUAGAACAAGCAACAGAAGGCAUAAAAGUAACACGCAUGCGUAGGUUCUAGGCUACACAACACAAUAGAUGUUCUAAUUGGGUAGUUGAAUGUAGUCUAUAAUCCAGUAAGGUAACGGAUUAGCAAAUACCCGCACUGCAUAAAAUAGAAUUCAAAUAAACCACCACCAACCACUACCCCAACAACCGUUUCGUGAAUUAAUGAAUGCAACAUGGCAAACAACACAUUUCACAAUCGGCGAAAUAUACUUCGCUCGUACACAUACCCGUUUAUUACGAAACUACAACACAACCGAUAGAAAACACGCUCGAAACAAAUUUGCAAAUUAGUAACACCAUCCUCUCACAUUCACUCAGAAACACAACAACAGUAAGUCCAAUAGGUAACCUUGUGGCAACAACGUACGCAAUAGAUGAAAUUGAACAGAGCUGUCGAAUAAAUCAGCAAAAAAAUAGACAUACGAAAGCAUGUAUCCAUUAUUCACUUACAAUUGGAGAAAGAAAAAAAAACAAACAAACAAACACGACAACUGUUCGGUGUACUUUGGAAUAAUUGCAACGGAUAAUUAGUCAUUACGAAAACAAAAAACAGAAAAAAUAUGCGCAUAAUUUAGUUGCAAAAUGGACAAGCCAUGCCAGAUACAGUGACUACAACAACUACAACAAAGGUGAAAAAGAAAACACUUAUUCA